AGAUGUUGCGUGCUUAGUCGCCACGCCCCAGACGUCGUCAAGACGAAAAAGGUCACCUUGUGCUAAGCAGACAAGAAUGAGUGAGAGAGACAUCACAACAUUGAAUCGCCAACUACUGAGCGCUGUAGGGAGCCAGUCACGUGAUGAGGUUGAACGACUUCUGGACCUAGGAGCUGAAGUUAAUGCGUGUAUUGAAUUUGGAUGGACUACACUGAUGGAAGCUUUUUUGUAUGAAGGGGCAGGUGUCAACGGAACUAAUGUUAUGGGUGGAACUGCUCUAAUGUAUGCAGCAUUGUAUGGUUAUGAUGAAAUCAUCGAAAUUCUAUUAACAGCAACAGCAAAUGUUAAACAAAAGGAUGAGGAUGGUAAGAAACCCUACCAACUGGCUGAUAGAAAACUGAGAAGACGACUAAGGAAAGAUGAACAGAAGUAUGCUGUUCUGUAUGCUGAGGGCUUAGUGAGAUCAGAAAUCAUGAAAUUGUGUUUCAUUGGUAAAGAAGGAGCAUUAAAGACGACACUCAUGGAGGCUCUCAAAUGAAGAUUGUUGAAGUGGAUUUUUGCAAACUAGAAUCAAGCAGAUGACCCACAAUGUGAAGAGGAACACACAAUUGGUAUCAACGUGAUGACAGUUGAUAUUCCAGGAGUGGGUCACUUUUCAGUGUGGGACUAUGCAG